AUGCGAUUCGGUUUGCCCGCUGACUUCUAUGAGGAUGAUGCCAAUGAAGAGGAUCAUCAGGCUUUGGUUUCAAAUGAGAAGAUACGGAAGGAUAUUUCAGACUUGUUGGGCCAACUUCAAAUUGAUUCGGUGAAGAAGUUUCCACCACCAAUAUCAAUCAUGGAGGAAACCAUCCACUUGCCUGAACUGAAGAAUCCUGAUUACAAUUCGGAAACAGAGGAGUCUGCUGAGUCUGACACUUCUGAGACACAGUCUUUAAAUGCAUAUUUUGACUCUAUACAGGAUUAUGUGGAACGAUCCUUGAAGCAAAAGAUCAGUCAGCAGAGAGAAUCAGUUAAUAAUGUUUUACUUAAGCUUGAAGAAGAAAAAAGGAAGAAAGAGGCUGAAAGAAAGGCCAAAGAGGAGGCUGAAAGGCUCAGAAAAGAAGAGGAACAAAGGAAUCAGAGAAUUUUAGCUGAACAGAAAAAGAAGAAAGAGGAAGAGGAAAGAAAGAGAAGAGAAGAAGAACAAAAAGCAAAAGAAAAAGCUGAAAAGCUACUGAAAGAAAAAAGGGAGGCAGAAUUAAAAGCCAAGGAGAGAGAGGAGGCCAAAAAGGGUUUUGGAAUAACAAAUUUCUCGGAUGUUGAGAAACAAUUUGUGUCAUACAAGAAACAAAUCGAACAAAUAAAGAAAGAGAUUGUAGAGGAGCUGAAGAAACCGGAGAAUUCAGAACUAAAGAAGCAAGUAAAUCAAUUGAAGCGUAAGAUUAACCCAAAAUUUGGACAGUUGAAUAACAGUACCUCUCAAUUACAGAAAAUUACACAGGAAGUACUCCAGUUAGUAGGAGAAGCACUAAACUUGGGCCAAUUGGGAUUAAAAUGGAUCCUAAAUUUUAUGGCAAAAGCUAUUGUCUCCCAGGCAGAAACUGAAGUGACAGUAUCUCCGCGGGCGGCUACUCCUUUAGCAAACUUGGCCGUCUCACUAAUGACUGAAAUUCCGGACUUCAAGACCUAUCUUAUGGCUAGAUUCGUAAAGAAAUGUCCGUUAAUAAUCGGAUACACAUGCAAAAUUGAUACAGAAGACGGAAGAGUACGUAUGGGAUGGAAGAGAAAUUCUGAUGGUAAAUGGGAAGACGAAACCAGAUACAAUGAAAGACUGGGUGGAAUCGCUAUGGUGUAUUUUGUGAUAACCCAAUUGCGCGUGGAACCAGACCUAGUUCCCAUAUCUGAAAGUUGGAAGUUUCUUGCUAGAAUGCUUAAUACUCCUUUGGAGUUACUGAGCAAUGUGCACUUUCUGGUCACCAGUAACUGGUGGGAUGCCUGUGCAAUUGAAUUUGUGAAUACCUACGGAGAGCAGGCUAAGAAGUUGAUGAAUCUUGUAUGGGAUGACUGGACAGCCUCCGUUUCAGACAAGAAGUUUAGUGGCGCCGCUAGACUACGUUUACUCGGUGAGGACUACGUGAAUGGCAGUAUAGAAGGACUUGCUGAGAUGAAUAAUUGA